CUUGUCUGUGAUCACGUGGCCGUUCUCUUUCACAAUCACCAGCUUGGGCACGGCCGUGAUGUUGUAGCGCUUCUUCAACUCGCUGCGCCGAAGAAAAGAACAACAUGGCUCACCUAAUGGACCGUGAGGUCACUUGGAAAGAACCGAGCCGACCCACUCUUCCUUCCUUCCUUCCUUCCUUCCCAUUGCUUCCCAUUUGAGGAGUCCAGUGCUGUGACGGACGACUGACUGGACCUUUUCCCUAGGAGCUGCUCGCUCUCUCGAAGCAUUUCAACAUCAUGACCUCCAAUUCCAGUAUAUCCAGCAUGCGACGACUGGUGGAGCAGCUGAAGCUGGAGGCCAGCGUGGAGAGGAUCAAGGUGUCACAGGCGGCUGCAGAGCUGCAGCACUUCUGUCUGCAGAACGCAGGCAGGGACGCUCUGCUGGUGGGCGUCCCCGCAGGAAGCAACCCCUUCCGGGAGCCACGAUCCUGCGCGGUGGUGUGACGGCCGCUGCGAGAGGAACGUCGUUCACUCAUGCUACAUUGGAAGCGUCACAGUUGGAAUCUUAAAAAACAAAAAACAAACAAAAAAAACCCUCUGCCCCUUUUGCAGCAGCAGAACGAAUGCAAACGAGAAACAGGGCGAUGUGUCAAGAUUGUAUACUGUUUUUAAAAAUAUAAAAUAACCACAAAGUACAUAAAUAUUUUGUGAGUGACAUUUUUUGUGUGAAAAUUUUGCAUUCACUCUUAAUAUUCUAUAAUGAUGGGAGAUGCUUGCACGAGUUUUAGUCACAAGGACUGUUGCUAGGCAGAAUUCACAGUGCUUAAUUAUAACUGCCCU